UCGUGAACGUCACAUCCCUACUGACUCACUCGACGUGAAGGCGCGCGGCUUUCACUCAGUCGGAGGACGUCGACAGUGCGACACCACCUUUCUCUCCGAAACAUACAACUUCUUGUCGUUCAACACGGGACAUUUUUGUGGCCGUCGGCGACUUUUUGUUUCCGAGUGACAACUUUGAAGUUGUUGGCAUGAAUCAAACCGCGGGAGCGACCAACGCCUACCGGAGAUGUUCCAAAGGAGGGAAGGAGCUGGUGGGCAGCAACCCGCCGCAGAGGAACUGGAAGGGAAUAGCGAUCGCCCUCCUUGUCAUUCUGGUCAUCUGCUCGCUGAUCGUCACCUCUGUCAUCCUGUUGACGCCAGGUGAAGACGACCGACUCGCUCUCAAGGGCAAAGUGACCGUCGGGGACCUCUUCAGCAAAGACUUCAAAGUUCAUGACCCGAACGCUCGAUGGAUCAGCAACAAUGAGUUGUUGUACCGGGACCGCGAGGGCGACGUGGUGUGGUUCAACGUGGACACCCAUGAGAAGACCAUCCUGGUGCAUCACAAGAAGUUUGAAAUGUACAAAGCCAGCAAGUACGAGGUGUCGCCCGACAUGAAGCACGUCCUGCUGGCCUACAACGUGGCACGGGUGUACCAGUACUCCUACACAGCCUUCUACAUCAUCUGCAGCCUGGAGACGCCGGAGACGUGGAACCUGAACCCACCCGAGGUCCGCAACGUGCAGCUGCAGUACGCCGGCUGGGGCCCGGAGGGUCAGCAACUGAUCUUCAUUUUCGAGAACAACAUCUACUAUCGCUCCACAGUGGAGAGCCGCUCCAUUCGCCUGGUGUCCUCCGGCAAGGAGGGGGUCAUCUUCAACGGGCUCAGCGAUUGGCUGUACGAAGAAGAGAUUUUCCGCUCCCACGUCGCCCACUGGUGGUCUCCGGAUGGCGCCAGGUUGGCGUACGCGACCAUCAACGACAGCCUGGUGCCCAAGAUGGAGCUGCCCAUGUUUACCGGCAUGCCGUACCCCACGGGGAAGGAGUACCACUACCCCAAGGCUGGCGAGGAGAACCCGCUUAUCACUUUGUACGUGGUCAACCUGAAUGGUCCUCUGCACACCAUUGAGAUGAGGAGACCUGAUGACCCAAGAUUAAGUGAGUUCUACGUGACCAUGGUGAAAUGGGCCACCACCACCAAACUGGCUGUCAACUGGCUGAACCGAGCGCAGAACAUCUCCAUGCUGACGCUGUGCGAGGCCACCACGGGCGUCUGCACCAAGAAACACGAGGAUGAAAGCGAGGGGUGGCUCCACCGACAGAACGAGAAGCCGCUGUUUUCCAAAGACGGUCUGAAGCUGUUCUUCACGCGGGCCAUCCCGCAAGGAGGCCGAGGAAAGUUCUUCCACAUCUCCAUGUCCAUCUUGCAGCCCAACACCAGUAUGGACACGCUGCACUCCAUCACGUCCGGAGACUGGGACGUCACAGAAGUCCUGGCCUACGACGAGGAGAGCCAGCUCAUAUACUUCCUCAGCACAGAAGCCAACCCUAAGCAAAGACAUCUGUACAGGGCUGACACUUUUGGCUCGUUCAACCGCCGCUGCUUGACGUGCAACCUGUCCAACAGCUGCGGCUACAUCGCCGGCUCCUUCUGCCGCGACAUGGGAUACUUCCUGCUACACUGCCAAGGCCCAGAGGUCCCAUUCCUGUCCAUUUUCCAGACGCAAAGAGGCGAUGGCGAUGGCGAUGGCGCUGUGGAGAGCCACGGCACAGAGAGUCUGGUUGAAGUCCACAAACUGGAGACCAAUGAAAUGCUGAAGCUGACGCUGGAUAACAUGCAGAUGCCCAUAGUGGAAUACCAUCAGAUCGACAACGAAGACUACACUUUGUCAAUGCAGAUCCUCAAACCUGCAGGCUUUGUGGAAAGCUCCCACUACCCUCUGCUGCUGCUCAUCGAUGGCACGCCUGGCGGCCAGAGCGUGUCGGAGCGCUUCCACAUGGACUGGGCCACGGUGCUGGUGAGCAGCUUCGGCGCCAUUGUGGCACGUUGUGAUGGGCGCGGCAGCGGCUUCCAGGGCACCAACUUGCUGCACCGCAUCCAGAAGAAGGUGGGCGUGCUGGAGGAGCAGGACCAGAUGGACGCCAUAAGUGACUUUCUGAAAAAGCCCUACAUUGACAGGACCAGGGUGGGAGCAUUUGGAAGGGAAUAUGGAGGCUACAUCACAAGCUUGUUGCUCAGCGACGACCUAUCUCCUGCCAGAUGCGGUGCCGUCCUCUCGCCAAUCACCGACUUUGAACUGCACGCAUCGGCUUUUUCAGAGCGUUAUCUUGGAAUGCCAAAGCCCGACCCGAGGGCAUACACGAUGGCCAAUUUAGCGCACCGGGCGGCUCAGUUUCUCGACAAGAAAUUUCUCAUCAUCCAUCCGACAGCAGACGAAAAAGUCCAUUUCCAGCAUACGGCAAAACUGAUUGCUCAGCUAAUCCAUGAAAAAGCCAACUACACUUUACAGAUCUACCCAGACGAAGGCCACUUCAUCCACAACGAGGGCACCCGGCAGCACCUCAGUCAGUCGCUGGUCAACUUCUUCGAGGAGUGCUUCAGGCUACCAGAGAGACUCUUUGACGAGGAGCUAGAUGAAGAGAAUGAAGACGAAGGUUAGAUCGACUGACCAAUCCAGUCCUCUUAAAAACACGCCUCGGCCAGAUCAGUCAACAUGUCCAAGCACAAGAAUGGUGUCCUCAAUAUUAUGCAACUACAGCAUGCUGGACUUAAGACUGCCUCUGGAGCAGCCGAGGAUCUCCUCCCAUCGCUCACCUUGGUUCUAUUCUCCUUCAUCAUUGUCUGUCUUUGGACCUGCAAUACAAAAAAUCUCCACGGAGUGAGAGUGACACUUUGGAAUAUACUGAUCCGUUAAUGUGCGACAUGAUGGACGAGCCCCUGAGCAGCGGUGGAAACAGCAGGACUUGCGCUGUGUAAGGGAAAGAACACUUUUAAAAACUUGUACAAUAAUGAAAAAAAAAAUCUGAUACGUGGUUGGUAGCAUUCAAACGGUGUCUGGAACUCUGUGGGUCCAGGAAGCGUUGCUGUUUUCUAACGUUGUGAUGAAGUUUCCAUGUUGGACUGUGCUUUUUGUCGAUUGUUCUCAGUGUAUGUAAAGUAGCACACUAGCAUCCACGCAGCUAUUCAAGAUUUUUUUUUUUUUUUCAUUUCCACCAUCUAUAACUGGAUAAAAAUUCCUUUACUUGUUAUACCUGACUGCCUUACUUUGUCCCCCAAACAUGUAAACAAUCCAAAAAAAACAAAAACUGGUUAGCCUAGCUACCAUGUUAGCUUGACCUGUAAGUUCUUCUGAAGCUGACAUGAACAUGUAGACAUUGCUGCAUACACAUGUAACAUAAUCUCAAAGUGUGUACAGUUGAAGGUAAAUUGACUUACCUGAGGGUGAACGCAGUGAGAAACAGGUUUCACUUUCUUCAAAUUAAGCUAAUGCUAACCUGGAGACGAGCGAGCACAUAAUCAGCGAUUGUAUAACCAGACGACUUUUAAAAUGUAGACCUUGUUUGUGCUGUAUAAUAUUUCAAGAAACAUUAUUAUACAAUUUUAUUUGAAUGUUACACUAUAAAUGACCUGCAGGCCAUUUGGUUAUACGAAAUUACUUAGCACAAUGCUAUAAUGUACAGAAUUUGCAUGGUUGGUUGAUUGAAAAACAGCAACAUUUAUAUUUGAAGCAAAUACACCACUGCUUAAAAUAGUAAUAAAAGUUCAUCCUGAAUUACUGCCAUUGGUGUUGAGGAAUGAUUGCCUUUGUCAUACAAAAUUAGCAAUUGUUGACGCACAUGUGUCAUUCAACUUUUUUUUUUUUAACUCCUUUUGAAAAUGUUACCGCAUGUCUAUAAGUUAAAAGCAUCAUCAAUUUGACAUCUUGAAUGUUUUCUUAAUGGGUAGCAUCAAUUACAUUUCUCCUUGUACUGCAAUUGAUGUGUAAAGAAAAAAUGCUUUUGUUCAAAUCUUUGUGCAUUUCAACUGCUUUUCUGACAUUACAUACAACUAUAAAUCUGCCGGAUUAAAGUUGAAUAUCCAUCCAUCCAUUUUCUACCGCUUUUUCGGGGUCGUACAAAAUAAACGAUUAAAGGUCAUGAGCGACAGCAAUUUUGUUUCAUUUUUUCCCCCCUUUUUUAAGGAACAGUGAUGACAAAAUGUGUUCCUAAGGAAAAAACAAGAAACUAGACGGUGGCAUGGAGGUAAAUGUUCAGACAAAAUAAUAAAGACUGACUCUAAAUUCUAUGUUUUCGACACUGUUUAAUUUUACUAAAAUCCCCAUCAUUCAUCACAUUAUAAAGAAAAAUGUACAGUUUUGCAAUGUAUGUUUUACAUAUACAUGAGGUAAUAAUGUAUGCAUGCAGUGUUUCCCAUACAUUCAAUUGCUUGUGGCUCACUACCACAAAUAAAUGUGGACCGCUACAACUCGAUUUGGCCCUACCUUGCAUAAACACAUCCUAAUGGGGCUGUAGCUUGUCAUUACAACUAUGUACAGUAGAUGGCAUUGUAACAUCAGAGCAGGGAUUAGUGUUGCCAACUUAACGACUUUGUCACUGUAUUUACAAAGUAUUUAGACUCCUCUAGGAAA